CACUCCCGGCAAAUCCUCUCUCAAAUGGCAUUUAUCUGCAAUAUGCCUUCUCCAGCAUCCAAGCUCUUCUCUCCUUCUCCUGCUUCUCGAAAAUCCAUGGAAAUCCUCUUCCCGAAGCUCCUUCCCUCCAAAACCCCAAACCCCAAUCGCACUGUCCGCAGCAGCAGCUCCAGAGCCGUCCGAUUCAGCCUCUGCCGGUUCUCAUCUUCCGCGACCGCGUCCGUCUCUUUCUCCCCAACCGAGGAAGGCGAAGGCGGCAAAUCCCUAUCUGCCUCCCUGGGAGAGAUCACCCGGCCGGAUUUCCCGAUCCUCGAUCAGGAGGUGAAUGGCUCAAGGCUGGUCUACUUGGACAAUGCUGCGACGUCUCAAAAGCCUUCUGCUGUUUUGAAAGCUUUAAAUUACUACUAUGAAAACUAUAAUUCCAAUGUCCACCGUGGCAUCCAUUUCUUGAGUGCGAAAGCCACGGAUGAAUAUGAGCAUGCGAGGAAUAAGGUGGCAUCAUUUAUUAAUGCAUCAGAAUCAAGAGAAAUUGUGUUCACAAGAAAUGCUACUGAAGCUAUAAAUAUGGUAGCCUAUUCUUGGGGCAUGUCAAAUUUAAAGCAUGGGGACGAGAUCUUACUUACAAUGGCUGAGCAUCACAGUGCUAUAGUUCCUUGGCAACUUAUAGCUCAAAAGACUGGUGCUGCUCUGAAGUUUGUUAGCUUGACAGAAGAAGAGAUUCCAGAUGUUGACCAGUUGAAGAGCCUGCUUUCUAAGCGGACAAAACUUGUGGUUGUCCAUCAUGUCUCAAACACACUUGGAUCUAUUCUUCCCAUUGAUGAGAUUGUGCAUUGUUCUCAUAACAUUGGGGCUAAAGUGCUUGUAGAUGCUUGUCAAAGUGUUCCGCACAUGGUGGUUGAUGUGCAGAGUCUGGAUGUUGAUUUUCUUGUUGCAUCAUCUCACAAGAUGUGUGGGCCUACAGGCGUUGGAUUCUUGUAUGGUAAACGUGAUAUACUGACUGCAAUGCCUCCUUUCUUAGGUGGUGGCGAAAUGAUUGCUGAUGUAUUUUUGGAUCAUUCUACAUAUGCAGAACCGCCUUCCAGGUUUGAAGCUGGGACUCCUGCAAUUGGGGAAGCCAUAGGGCUGGGGGCAGCAAUUGAUUAUUUGUCACGAAUUGGCAUGCAAAAGAUCCAUGAGUAUGAGAUGGAACUGGGCAGUUACCUCUAUCACAGCCUCCGCUCCAUCCCCAAAGUCCGUGUAUAUGGCCCUGCACCAUCAGAUACCGUCCAUCGGGCUGCGCUUUGUUCGUUCAAUGUUGAAAACAUUCACCCGACAGACAUUGCAACCUUUCUCGAUCAACAGCACGGGGUGGCCAUCCGAUCAGGCCACCACUGCGCCCAACCUCUCCACCGCUUCUUAGGUGUCAGUUCAAGCGCACGUGCCAGCCUUCACUUCUACAACACCAAAGAAGAUGUUGAUGUCUUCAUUGAAGGCCUCAGAGACACCAUCAACUUCUUCACCUCGUUUCAUGGCAAACACGAUUAGACUCAUGAUGGGCCACUUGCAAGAACUCUUACUGUUCUGACAAUCCUAGCCACUCUAUUGGAGGAAUUUUGGUGAAAAAGAAUAGUUUGUUCUAAGAAAUAGUCAAUCAAAGGAACUGUGCAAUAUUUUUCUUUGCCCUUUU